AAAAAAUAUAAAAUUUUAAAAUAUCGGCGUCAUAUAUCAUAAGUAAAACAAAAUAUAUUUGUUUUACAUAUAAAACGCUGCUAUUUGUGAGCAAGUAAAGUACGUGGCGAAAUGGCUUGCUCAUCUGCAGGAAAGGAUGCUACAAACACAAAUGGUAAUGCUGGUGUUGUUUCCACCACUGAAGUUGUUGGAAGCAAUGGUGGUGCUGUAGCAGCUGCUGUUGGGGCUGUGACCAAUACAUCAACAGCUUCGUCGACAAGUGGAGCUGUUGGAACAUCAAGUGGUUCAGGGGUAAUCAAUGCAAAUCGACAAACUAGAUUUACAAUGGAAGGAGUAGGAGCUCGAGUAAUAAGAGGCCCUGACUGGAAAUGGAAUAAGCAAGAUGGCGGAGAAGGUCAUGUUGGAACAGUACGUAACUUUGAGUCAUCAGAAGAAGUAGUCGUUGUUUGGGAUAAUGGGACGGCAGCAAAUUAUCGUUGUGCGGGCGCAUACGAUCUCCGUAUAUUAGAUAGUUCUCCAACAGGUAUUAAGCACGAUGGUACCAUGUGUGACACCUGUCGACAACAGCCGAUUUUCGGUAUACGUUGGAAGUGUGCUGAGUGCAUUAAUUAUGAUUUAUGCUCUAUAUGUUAUCAUGGCGAUAAGCAUCAUUUGCGACAUCGUUUUUUCCGUAUAACAACACCAGGUGGAGAUCGCACAAUGUUAGAGCCACGACGAAAGUCUAAAAAAGUAGCAGUACGUGGCAUAUUUCCAGGUGCACGUGUUGUUCGUGGCGUUGAUUGGCAAUGGGAAGAUCAAGAUGGUGGUGUUGGCAGGCGUGGUAAAGUGAAUGAAGUACAAGACUGGUCUUCGGCCUCGCCGCGUUCAGCAGCUUAUGUUGUUUGGGAUAAUGGAGCGAAAAACUUAUAUCGUGUAGGUUUUGAAGGCAUGGCAGACUUAAAGGUUGUCAACGAUGCCAAAGGAAAUACCGUAUAUCGUGAUCAUUUGCCAUUACUUGGUGAAAAUGGUCCGGGCAAAGGUCCACAUGGCUUUCAUAUAGGCGAUAAAGUAACAGUUGACUUGGAUUUAGAAAUUGUACAAUCACUGCAACAUGGUCAUGGUGGUUGGACGGAUGGUAUGUUUGAAUGCUUAAAUAAUGCGGGUAUGGUCGUUGGCAUUGACGAAGAUCAUGAUAUUGUUGUUGCUUAUAAUUCUGGAAAUCGUUGGACAUUCAAUCCAGCUGUACUAACUAAGGUAUCAUCGCCAACAACUGCUCAACCAGAAUUUCAAGUUGGUGACAUAGUAAAAAUAUGUUCUGACGUGGAAAGUAUUAAAUUAUUACAACGUGGUCAUGGAGAAUGGGCUGAUGCAAUGCAACUGACUCUUGGUAAAGUUGGACGUGUGCAACAAGUUUAUCAUGAUAAUGAUCUAAAAGUCGAAGUUGGUAAUACAUCUUGGACAUACAACCCACUUGCAGUAACAAAAGUGGCUUCAUCUACUGCUGACGGAACUUGUGUACCAGUUAUAUCAAGUGGAGAACGUCUAUCAGCUAUAUUAAAGAAAUUGUUUGAACCUAAUGUGUCUGGCGAUGCAACUGAGGAGUUUGUAAAAGCAGCAGCAAACGGCUACGCAUCGCGGUGCGAAGAAUAUCUCACUGGAAAUGUUCAGACUAAUGGUUCUAGUAAUAGUAUGGCAGGUGCUGCUGCUUCUGCUUCUCCAAACCCUCUACCAGAUGUCAAUGGCGUAUUUGCUGGACAUACUGCUUUACAAGCAGCCAGCCAAAAUGGACAUAUUGAAGUUAUUCAAGUUCUUUUACGGCAUAGUGUUGAUGUUGAAAUCGAAGAUAAAGAUGGUGACAGAGCUGUACAUCACGCAGCAUUUGGCGAUGAGCCAACAGUAAUUGAAAUACUCUCAAAAGCAGGUGCUGAUUUGAAUGCUAGAAACAAACGACGACAAACUGCGUUGCAUAUUGCAGUUAACAAAGGGCAUCUAAAUGUAGUGAAGACACUUUUAGGUUUAGGAUGCCAUCCAAGUUUACAGGAUUCAGAAGGUGAUACACCUCUACAUGAUGCGAUCUCUAAGGAACAUGAUGAAAUGUUAUCAUUACUACUUAAGUUUGGAGCAGAUAUUACGUUAACCAAUAAUAAUGGUUUCAAUGCAUUGCAUCAUGCUGCUUUGAAGGGCAAUCCUAGUGCUAUGAAAAUUUUGUUAACCAAAACUAAUCGCCCUUGGAUUGUUGAAGAAAAGAAAGAUGAUGGCUAUACUGCUCUACAUUUAGCUGCAUUAAAUAAUCACGUUGAAAUUGCUGAAUUAUUAGUGCACAUGGGAAAAGCUAACAUGGACAGACAAAAUGUUAAUUUGCAGACAGCACUGCACUUGGCUGUAGAAAGACAACAUGUACAAAUUGUUAAAUUGUUAGUGGAGGAAGGAGCAAAUUUAAACAUUCCAGACAAAGAUGGUGAUACACCAUUACACGAAGCUUUAAGACAUCACACUCUUUCUCAAUUAAAGCAGUUGCAGGACGUUGAAGGUUUUGGAAAGUUGCUAAUGGGGCUAAGAAACCCCAACAGUAAAAAGGCUUCAGCUUCGAUUGCGUGUUUUCUUGCUGCAAACGGCGCUGAUUUGACAUUAAAAAAUCGCAAACUUCAAACACCUUUAGAUUUAUGCCCGGACCCAAAUCUAUGCAAAACUCUUGUUAAAUGUUAUAAUGAGCGCAAAACUGACGAUUCGGAACUACCAGGCAAUGUGGCUGGAACAAGUUUAAAUGCACGUGCAAGGGCGUUAGCUGUGCCCAGUAGCCAAAAUAUAUGUAGCAUACAACAGGUUCCAACAACAAAUAUGCAAUUAAGUGCAGCUACAAAUACUCUAUGUGCUGAUAUUUCUCAAUCAUUACACAUUUCCAUAGACUCUAGCAAAACACUGAAUUUGGAGGAGUGUCUUGUUUGCUCAGAUAUAAAAAGAGACACAGUAUUUAAACCAUGUGGUCAUGUUUGCUGUUGUGAUACAUGUGCUCCAAGGGUUAAAAAAUGUCUCUUAUGCCGCGAGACUGUCUCAUCGCGAGAUAAAAUCGAUGAGUGCUUGGUAUGUUCGGAUAAGAGGGCAUCAGUAUUUUUCAAACCAUGUGGACACAUGGUGGCUUGUGAAAACUGUUCUACACUAAUGAAAAAAUGUGUACUUUGUCGUACACAAAUCGAGGAAAUGUUACCAUUUACUCUAUGCUGUGGAGGCGCUGGAAUCCCAGAAAAAGUACAUGGAACAAUUUCUCUUACAGAAGAUAAAUUGAAUGAAGCUAAUUGUGUAAACACAUUGGGACAUGGCGUGGCAAUGAAUAAUACAGUGCCUGGUGCUAUGGCCACUCCAGUUGCCGGAAGCAAUCAGUUAAAUAGUCAAAAUAACAUUCUUACUGCGGCUUCAUGUAAUAUGAUCGCACCAUCAAAUGUUAAUAACUUCCAAGUCGAAGAUGUGCAAAAAUUAAAACAACAAUUACAGGACAUUAAAGAACAGACUACAUGCCCUGUUUGUUUCGACAGAACAAAGAAUAUGGUAUUCUUGUGCGGACAUGGCACAUGUCAAAUGUGUGGUGAUCGCAUCGAUGGAUGUCCGAUUUGCCGCAAAACUGUAGAAAAACGUAUCCUUUUAUUUUAAAAUAAUAAAAACACCUGUAUUCAUAAAGCUUCAAAAAUUAUAAAUAAAAUGCUACUUUAUAUUUUGUACUAAUCUUUUGAAUUAGUAAUAAUGGA